GACUGUGUUCAGAACCGGAGGUUGAACGCGGGAAACGGGAGAAUAGAGAUACUUGAUCACUUUAUCGCUUAUUUCUAUUGUUGAAUCAAAUACCUUCAAUAUUCAAGAAACCACGCGUAUACAUUUAUUGAGUCGGUCUUCACCCAAAAGAUGGGAGACACUCUGGAGUUUAACGACAUCUAUCAAGAAGUGAAGGGUGCAUGGAAUGAUGGCAGACUAAGGUUCGGAAAGCAGUCAGUGGUCUAUAAAAGCAAUAAGACAGGGAAGGUGGACAGUAUUCCAGCCAAUGAACUCUCUGUGGGCCAGUGGCGUCGAGUCUGUCUGGGUCAUGGGAUUAAACUGACCACCAGCACCGGACACGUCUACAAAUAUGACGGCUUUAAAGACACAGAUCUUGAGAAGCUUUCUGCAUUUUUUAAAGCAAACUACAAUCUCGAGUUGACAGAGAAGGAUAUGUGUGUGAAGGGCUGGAAUUGGGGCACGGCCAAAUUUGCAGGUCCGCUGCUGUCCUUCGACGUGAACGACAGUCCCGCGUUUGAGGUCCCGCUGAACAGCGUUUCCCAGUGUGCAACAGGAAAGAACGAAGUGACAUUGGAGUUCCAUCAGAACGAUGAUGCGGAGGUGUCGCUCAUGGAGGUCCGCUUCUAUGUCCCACCCAACACUGGAGAUGAUGGAUCAGACCCUGUGGAGGCGUUCGCUCAGAAUAUUCUGUCGAAGGCAGACGUUAUCCAAGCCACUGGAGAUGCUGUGUGUAUAUUCAAAGAGCUUCAGUGCCUUACACCGAGAGGAAGGUAUGAUAUCCGUAUCUACCCCACUUUCCUCCACCUGCACGGUAAGACGUUUGACUAUAAGAUCCCCUACACAACUGUGCUGCGUCUCUUCCUGCUGCCACACAAGGACCAGAGGCAGAUGUUCUUUGUGAUCAGUCUAGACCCACCCAUUAAACAGGGUCAGACGCGCUAUCACUUCCUCAUUCUCCUUUUCACCAAAGAUGAAGAUUUCAGUCUGACUCUUAACAUGAGCGAGGAUGAGGUGGAUAAGCGUUAUGAAGGGAAGCUUAGUAAGAACAUGAACGGUCCUCUUUAUGAGAUUGUGAGUCGGGUCAUGAAGGCUCUAGUCAACCGAAAGAUCACAGUGCCUGGAAACUUUCAAGGUCACUCAGGAUCUCAGUGUAUAACGUGUGCGUAUAAAGCGAGCUCAGGGCUGCUGUAUCCGCUGGAGAGAGGCUUCAUCUAUGUGCACAAGCCUCCGGUUCAUCUGCGCUUUGAGGAGAUCUCCUGUGUCAACUUUGCUCGAGGGACCACCACCACCCGCUCCUUUGACUUUGAAAUAGAGACCAAGCAGAAAAACCAGUACACCUUCAGCAACAUUGAGAGGGAAGAAUAUGGGAAACUCUUUGACUUUGUCAAUGCCAAGAAACUGAACAUCAAGAACAGAGGAUUUAAAGAGGGUAUGAAAGGCGCUGAAGGCUACAGCGAUUCUGAUGAAGAUACGCAUGAUGCCUACCUGGAGAGGAUGAAACAAGAGGGCAAGAUCAGAGAGGAGGCGGACGGAAGCGACGAAUCGGAGGGCGACAGCGAUGAGUCUUUUAACCCUGGAGAGGAGGGUGAUGAAGUUGCCGAAGAGUAUGACAGUAACGCCUCAGAGAGCGAAAGUGAGGGAGAAGAUGGAGACAGUGAGGAUGAAGGCAAGAAGAAGAAAGUAGAAAAGAAGCCCAAGAAAGUGGUUAAGGAAAAGAAAGAGAGAAAACCACGGAAAGAGAAGAAAGUGAAGGACGCUGGUGCUCCUAAGAGGCCGAUGAGCGCUUACAUGCUGUGGCUCAACGGCAACCGAGAGCGAAUCAAGAGUGAGCAUCCUGGGAUCUCGGUGACUGAAAUCUCAAAGAAGGCUGGAGAGAUGUGGAAACAACUGGGCAAAGACCGGAAAGAGGAGUGGGGGAAGAAAGCAGAAGAGGCCAAAAGACAAUAUGAAAAAGCUAUGAAAGAAUAUAAAGAGAGUGGAGGUGGAGCGUCUGCUGAUACUAAAGAAAAGAAAAAGAAAGGAGGCAAGGUGGAUGCUAAGAAGAGUGGAGGAGAAAAGGAGCGAAAGAAGGAAGGUGUGAACGAAAGCUUUAAGAGCAAAGAGUUCAUCUCCAGUGAGGAGAGCUCAUCGGAAUCGGACCACAGCAAAGGCAGCAAGCGCAAGGCAUCUAAUGAUGAUGAUGAUGAUGAGGAGGAGGAAGUCGCCACCACGCCACCCAGCUCAGGAGAGGAGUCGGGGUCUGACUAAUGUUACACAAAGACAUUUCCACAUCAUCUCAGGUUACACAGACAAAUACGUGAUGGUUAUUUGGAUCAAGACUUUCUACUUUCGGUCUGUGUGCAUUCCAAGCACAUUUUUACACCCGUUUCUUCAUUCGGACUAAGAACAUGAAAACGACAGAGCCCCUUCUGUAAAGCUCUCAGAAUUUUGUUUCUAGGUUUGGUAGACAGACAUUUAUUCAGGGAAGUGUGGUUAGGACUGCCUGCGUAGAGGCUUUUUACACUUUUUUUAUUUGUUUGCCUUUUUCAUUCUAGAGAAACUGCACUUCAGAAAAUGUCUCAUUUUGAUAAUGUUUUGUACUUUAAGCUAUCAAAAGUUAUUCAGCAAUUGCAAUAAAAUUUAGCGAUUCAGCA